ACAGGACGCGACACACUCACACCGCGAGCCUCUGCCAUCUUAGCUGAAGCGUAUCAGCGCCAUAGCGAUGGUGGUUUCUCUGUGGGCAGAGAAAGACGGUUGUUUGCCUAUUCCGGAAUGACUUCUGCCGGAAAUGCGUGUGUGUGUGUUUGUACGAACGUUUCUGUUCCCGGUUUCGUUGAGUGCAGGUGACCGUGGUCGCAGUGCUACAGUAACUUACACGCGCUAUUUAAAGCGGAUGCGUCGCGAGCUGCAGCAAUAAACACGUUUUCUGAAACAUGUGUCUAUUUAUAGUGCUUCCACUCGGGUCCAGUUAAGUUACCAAAUAGUAAUUGGGAAGUCGGACUGAUGUCCGUGGGUCGGUGGUGAAAUAAUGUAACGCCUUUUAAGACGUAAUUACGUCAUUCUUUGUGUUCCUGAACCGUUUUUUUUACACCCUCUAAUUACAAAAUGUCAAAUAUAGUCACGUGUGUAGGCACAUACUACCGUUUAUUACUUUCCAUUACGUGUCGUUUUGAACGUUUAUUUUAAGUUGCUUCCCAGUUCAGUUUGUUACGGAUAAUUGAGCACCUUAGAACCUAAAUAUAUUUAAAUAAUUAAUAUAUUUGCAAAUAUAAUAAACUUUUACAAUCAAUUUCAAAAUCAGUUUUCUGUUUGGCUGAAAAUGGUUUAAAACCAACCCUCAUUUUUGUUGAUAGUUGAAAACAUUACCAAUGUGUUUUUUUUUUUCUUACACUUUUGCUAUUAGACUAGUAUGCCCGGUACACAUUGUAUGGUUUUGGGCUGUCCCAGACAAAAGAUGACCAGUCGUGGUGAUUUCAGAGGUCGGACUUUUAAACGGUGGUCCGACGUCGUACACUGAGAGGUUCAAAGAUGGCCAUUGUCAUGUUCUUGCGACCAAAGAUAGCCUGCAUUUAAUCUUCUGACAUUGUCAGAAAUGUAUCAUGAUCAUCUGAGUCUGUUUGUUUGCUGCUGUGACCAAUGUCUAAUAAAAACGCAACAUGAAAUGGCGAAUGGAUCAAUGCACAUGAUACUAAAACUAUGUUUUUUACCUUAAGCUCCAUUUGCAAAAUUGGCAUCAGCGCACACAACCACAAUUGCCAGAGAGAGUGAUUCAUCAUGCUCUAUUUGUUUACCACUAGCACAUACUGGUGACAUUUUAUUCUUCUAUACAAAUGUCAUAGCCUUUGGUUCAAUAUGUGUCGUCAUUGGUCAUACCCAAGUUUAUUAGAUCCAUGUCGUACAGUUUGAUUUGUAAUGAUUUUAUUUUAUCGGAUUGCUUAAAUCGCACUGUCCGUAGCAGGCAUAACAGACAUUUGCCUCAUCAGUCAAUCACUGUUCACACUUCAAGUCAGCUCAUUCAUUGAUUCUCAGCUCAUUACAAAUCAUGUUGGCAAGAGACAAUUCUCCGUUCACUGAGUCAGCAAGUGGAAUCGAGGACUGAUUCAGUCUGCCUAAACUGUAUAGAUCAGUAAUGGAGGAUGUCAUCAAUGAAGUACGGGAGCUUUUCCUGGACGAGGGAGUGGAUGAGCAGGUCCUGAUGGAGCUUAAAACGUUGUGGGAGAGUAAGCUGAUGCAGUCCAAGGCGGUGGAUGGUUUUCAUACAGAGGAGCAGCAGGCUCUACAAGCUCAACAGCAACAGGCUCAACAAGCUCAGAUGACGCAGGCACAAUCCCAACCGCAGCAAGUCCUCCUGCCUCCAGUGCAGCAGGCUCCUCAGCAGCAGGUCAUUGUUCAGGAUCCUAAGCUUCUCCAGCACAUGAGCGCGACAGGGAUGAGUGCAGCAGCCACAGCAGCAACUUUGGCUUUACCUACAGGUGUAACACCAUUUCAGCAAAUCAUCACACAACAGGGUCAGAUCCUGCAGGUGGUCCGAGCGGCCAAUGGAGCUCAAUACAUCAUCCAGCCUCAGCAGCAGAUGGUGUUGCAGCCGCAGGUCCUGCCCCAGAUGCAGCCUGGAGGUGUACAGGCCCCCGUCAUACAGCAGGUGUUGACUCCUCUUCAGGGAGGCCUUUCUCAGCAGACCGGAGUCAUCAUCCAACCACAGCAGAUUGUCCUCACAGGAAAUAAAGUACAGCAGAACACUCAGGUCAUGCAGGCGGCAGCGAUGGCGGUUCAGCAGGCACAGGGAGCUGCGCAGAUACAGGCUCAGCCUCAAGCACAGCCGCCCCAACAACAACAACAACAACAGACACAGCAGCAACAGCCCUCGCAGCAGCAGCCUCCCAUGAUGCUCCAGGUGGACGGAGCAGGAGACACGUCCUCGGAAGAGGACGAAGAGGAGGAGGACGAGUAUGAUGAGGACGAGGAUGAAGACAAGGAGAAAGAUGGAGGCGAGGAUGGCCAAGUGGAGGAGGAGCCGUUAAACAGUGGGGACGAUGUCAGCGACGAGGAAGACCAGGAGCUGUUCGACACAGAGAACGUGGUGGUCUGCCAAUAUGACAAGAUCCACAGGAGUAAGAACAAAUGGAAAUUUCACCUGAAAGACGGGAUCAUGAAUCUGAACGGGCGGGAUUACGUGUUCUCCAAAGCCAUUGGAGAUGCGGAGUGGUAAAAAUAGAGGAACAAAACCCAAAACUGUCUACACUUAAGGCAAGACACAUCAAAACCUGAAACAAUGUAUCAGGGGAUUCCCACUUCGGGGGGGCUGAAGAGUAACGUCCCACUGCUACUGUGCUGUUUGAGUGAUAUCUGCACAAAAUAAUGUGCCAUCCAAGAGAUUUCCCCCCUCCCCCCUUUUAAAGAUGGCCCUUUUACCUGUAGAGUCCAUAACUUCACUUUUAGAACAAUAUUCCUGCCCCUCAGAUGUGUAAAAAUAUAUUAGGCGCAGGGAGCCAAUUGUAGCGCCUGGCGCUAACUUAAGUCGACUCGGGUGUGUUAAGACGGCCUUUUUGCUGCAACCGUACGUGUUUGUUGGUGAUUUCCGUAGCUAGAUCAGCCAUCUGAAUCCGGUGUAAAGCGAACGGUCCCGACACGAGGACCAUUCCAUCGCCAUUCGCCACCUUAUACAAACACUAAAACGAGCAACCAAGAACUGUGUUCCAGUAAUUUCCUUUCAUAUUUCCGACGUUUUUAGACCUUUGUAUGUUUAACAGCAGAGAUACCAAUGAAAACGGGCGAGUUAAGUGUAACGUUGUCGAUCUCACUAAAUUUGUUGACGUGUUUGUAUGUCUGUCACGGAUUUUUCUAACGCUGUACUCUGGCUAAAGAUCUGCUCUGUCGGUAUGAUGCAUGUUUUUGGGCAGUGCAUCACGGAGCUUGCGUCGUCCCGCGUGUGUUUGUGUGCAAUUAUCGCGUUUGGUGUCAAUGAAGUGCUCGGUCAGACCACCCUUCCUACUUUACGUGCGGUCAGGCUUCUUUUACACAUUUGUAGUUCGUAUUUAUUCCUGAAGCUCAGGCAGCAUCAUAAUUUGGGGGGAUGAAACCGAACUGUGCUCUUAAUGAAAGAAGUGCUCCUCUACUGAGGAGGAUUUCAACCUGAUUGUGUGCAUUGUGGAUCUUUUUUUUUUUUUUUUUUGUCCCUCCAUUUUGUUUUAUAGUAUUUAGUGACCUUUUAAAGCCGUGCCCUAAUACGGUCUGAGAAAUGACAGAUUGUGGCGUUCUGUGUCCAUAUGUUCAGCAGUUGCGAGUAUUGGCAUGUUUGUUGAUAAUGUUCAUGCUAAGAUUCUUCGAUCAAAUGGCUUGGACUACUUUGGGGCUUUUAAAAAGUAUAUAUAUUUUAGUGUAGUUCUCAUCUUUACGCUCCUUGUUUGUGCCUUUCAGAUUUAUUUUAGAUAUCAGGUCUUGUCUAAAGGGGAAGAGCCUUUAACAAAUCCAUUGGCUUUGUGUUUCUAAUGGUAAAUAAUGGAUGCUCAGAACUACUGUCAUGUGAGGGAACUUCAUGUAUCUUCAUGUACUGUUUUACCAAUCAAACUGCUCUGUCUCUGAUUCUCAUCUCUAUGAAGGUUGUGUUAUGUUAGUGGAGAUCUUUAGUGUUUUAUUAUUUUUUUGCCUUUGCUGAACUUUAUUAAAAGCACUAUUAAAAUUGACUCUCUUUGUUGAGUAA